AUGCACCGUCAGUCACGUGACGUGUUGUCUGCAUCGCGACACCAGUUUCAGGGGCUCAACAACAACAUGAGGUUCGAGGGGCUGUCGAUAAUCCCGCGCUACUCUUUUUAUUUCCUUUUCCCUCCAUGCACUGGGGCGCAACGACGAAGCAUGAAUAA